UUUGAUGGUCAUUUCAAUAUUGUUUUAUUGUGCGACCAAGAGCUGAAGGUGGGCUCAAAGUAGUUUUAUUGUCUUAGAUUCGUUCCUCCACAGAGAGAGAGAGACUUCUGUUCUGACGCCGCAUGUCUACUACACCCACCCUGAGCCAAAGGCUGAAGGCUUUGCGCGCAGGUGAGCCCAAAGACAUUGUUCACGACUGGGAUUUUUGUCACCUUAGCCUUCAGCAGCUUGCAGAGACCAAGUUGGGUUUUGGCAAAACCCAUGCAACUAAAACCUUCGAGACUGUUUGGCUGAAUCGUCCAGCCUAUGUGCAGUGGUUUCUGGAUCACGAGUCCAUGUUGUCAAAAAAGCAGCAGCGCCGCAUGUUCCUCCACUACUGUGAAUGCAUGAUCGAUCAUGCAGAGCUUCGGGGAACCAAAGUUCCAGCUCAAAGCCAGGGCACUGUGGCUGAAGAGUUUGCUGUGUGGGACACUGCGGAGCUUGAUGUGUGGGACACUGUGGACGCGGAGUUGAUGGAUCCGGCAAAGCUUCAGGAAACCAAAGUUCCAGCGCAAAGCCAGGGCAUUUUAGCCGAAGAGCUUGAUUUGAAAGCGAUCCUGAAGCGUGUUGAGGACUUGGAAGCUAAAGUGGUGCAGUUGGGGAAGGCCUUGAACUUGGCGACCGCCAAGUGGGGUUCACCCAAGUGGGGUUCAUCGGCUUCAACUUGAACGCUGCGCUGCGCGACUAUAUAGGGUGAUCAUGGCGG